AUGGCUUUCUACAAUGGAGUGACCACAUCAGACAACAAGAGAAGACCGACCUAUGUCAUCCACUUGGACUUCUGUAAGACCAUUGACACUGUCCCAUAUGACAUCUUUGUCUCCAAAUUGGAGAGAUAUGCAUUUGAUGGGUGCACAAUUCAGUGGCUGCACUACGGGAGCCUCCUGGGCAGCAGAGCUUGUGCCCAGAUGGCAGCAGCUGCCUGGGGCAGUGGCUUUCUCAAUGCUGUCCUGCACACGGCCAACACAUUUUCCCUGCCCCUCUGCCACGGCAAUACUGUGGACCAGUUCUUCUGUGAAAUCCCCCAGAUCCUCAAGCUCUCCUGCUCAGAUGCCUACCUCAGGGAAGUUGGGGCACUUGUGUUUAGUGUUUCUUUAACAUUUGGUUGUUUUGUUUUCAUUGUGGUGUCCUAUGUGCAGAUCUUCAGGGCAGUGCUGAGGAUGCCCUCUGAGCAGGGUCAGCACAAAGCCUUUUCCACGUGCCUCCCUCACCUGGCUGUGGUCUCCCUCUUUGUCAGCGCUGUCAUGUUUGCCUACCUGAAGACCCCCUCCAUCUCCUCCCCAUCCCUGGACCUGGUGGUAUCAUUUCUGUACUCAGUGGUGCCUUCAGCAGUGAACCCUCUCAUCUACAGCAUGAGGAACAAGGAAUUAAGGGAUUCAGUGAGGACUCUGCUUGAAUACACACAUCAUCAGCAUAUUAAACUAUAA